AAUGUUAAAAAUGUUAUAAGUUUUUAUUUUUCAUUUCAUUUUCUUUUUCCCCUCUUCUGUUGUAUUGUCCCUUUUCAUUUCUGGAGUGUCCAGUCGUAAAUUAUCACUCUAAUUCAUCAUACAAAUAUACAUUAUGUUAAUCUUAUUAAUCACUUAUAAAAUGUGCUGUUAAUGUAUAAGCUACCUAUACAUAAUUGCUUUGGACUUGACUAUAAGUCUAGUAAAAACAAUGCACAUAACUAACCACAAACAGCAGGGCCAUGGACGAACAAUCUACUCGUCUGGUGCAUAGCUCGACAAUCCGCACCAGAAUGGCCAUUCCCAACAUCAAAAUGACUAAUCCAAUUAAAAAACUGGUCAGUAAACAAAGAAAACGUUAUACAGAAGAUGGGUUCAACCUCGAUUUGACUUAUAUUUUACACAAUGUGAUCGCAAUGGGAUUUCCAGCAGAAAAUUUAGAAGGUGUAGUUUACCGAAAUCAUAUAGAUGAUGUAAGCAGACUCCUUGAUCAGAAACAUCCUAAUCAUUAUAAAAUAUAUAAUCUUUGUUCCGAACGAUCUUAUGAUUCUCGGAAAUUCCACCAGCGUGUAGCUACCUACCCAUUUCAAGAUCAUAAUCCACCUAGUAUUGAGGUGAUUAAACCUUUUUGUGAGGAUGUUCAUCAAUGGCUUAAAAAAGACAGCAGAAAUGUAGCUGCUGUACAUUGUAAAGCUGGAAAGGGCCGAACUGGUGUAAUGAUAUGUUGCUAUCUAAUACAUAGUUUUCAAUGUUUAUCAGCAGAAGAUGCUCUCAAUUAUUAUGGCCAAAAGAGAACAUUUGAUAAAAAGGGUGUCACUAUUCCCAGUCAAAGAAGAUAUGUCAACUAUUAUGCAAUGUUAGUUGAAAAAAAUUUAAUUUACAAGCCUGUGGUAUUGACAGUAAAGGAAAUAAAAUUAGAUCCAGUGCCUAAUAUUUUUAAUUCGGGGCAAACAUGUAUCCGUUUAGUAAUAUCAGAAUGGAUAAAUGGAGAUAGUUCAAAAAUCAGAAAAGUAUAUUCAUCUGAUGUACAAGACAUGCGGCGUAAUGCUUCUGAUGUAACAAUUCGUUUAACACAAGUGACUCAAGUUCUUGGAGAUGUGAAAGUAGAGUGUUACAAUAAACAUAAAAUGAAGAAAAAGGAAAAACUAUUUCAUUUCUGGUUUAAUACUUUUUUCGUUUGUGAACCAGCUGUAACUGAAAAUAGUAAUAGAGAAAAUAAACAUUGUGGCCAGCAAGAAAAAACUGUCCAUACAAAUAAUAUGGAUGAUUCAACUAAUUUUCGAUUUCCAAAUAAUCAAACGCGUACAAACUCUAUUGGUCAUGUGGGUGGAAGUGAUAAUCGCCUGUUGACAUUAAACAUGAACAAAUGGGAAUUGGAUGGCCAUAAAGAUAAACAAAAUAAACUUUUUAGUGCCGAUUUCCAUGUAAGUUUAUUAUUUGAAUGUACUGAUGUUUCUGAACCAGUUGUUGGUGAAACACUGUCAGAAAGUGAAUCAAGUAGUUGCACAACAGCUGAAGAAGAAGAAGAUGGAUGGGAAUCUGGCGAGUCGACGUAUCUGUAAGAUAUUGGGAGUGCCACAAACAGAAGACGAACAACAUAAACGUAUUUUUAUAUGUAUAUGUAUAUGUAUAUCUAUAUAUGUAUAUAAUAACUGCAAGUUAAUGUUUUUUUUUUAAGUUAAAAAUUUAUAUAGAUUAUAACAAUUAUUAUAGUCUGGAUUUUAAAAACUCCUCCAUAAUUAGGCAUACACUCGCCUAUUUUAUUAUUUUUAUAGUACAAAGAAAAUAAAGUUUUAAUUCUGAUAACUUUAUUAAAAAAUUA